AGUAAGAUCUGUGAUACAGUGGAAAGAUUGUGAAGUGCAUUGGUGAUAUCAUAUGUUGAUAACUUUAUGGAGAGAAUUAUCUACUAAAACUUAAGAAUUAUUUUGUAAGUGUAAUUAACUGAUAAAAAGUUUUAUUGUGGUCAUUUGGGUAAACUUCCUGAGGUGUGAAGCAAUAAUAGCUAUCUUGUUUUCUGCUGUCUGGCAUGGUAUUAAAGAGUGCAACAGACUGAUGAAGUCUUCAGUAAACUUUCAAACCUCCGACAGACAGUGAACAUUUGAGAAUUGAAGAGUGUGUGAUAAUAUUGAAGGACCUUUUAUAAGUAGAAACCAUAAAAUACACAACUAACACAUACAAAAGAUAUUUGUUGAUGUAUGAUAAUUAGUUUAAAAAAUAAAUACAUAAAGAACAGUGUACUAUGGUGAUGCUCUUUGGGUUUAAUGGUGUUACUUUAAUUGAGUGUUGGUUGUGUUAAAAAUGGUUGUAUGGAGUGACCAGGAUACGGCCUUUCUUCAAACCAUCUCUACAGCCAAUGACAUGUCUGGCGGGUGUGACAGUCGUCGUGGGGGACAGACUGAUGCAGAGAAGAACGUGAACCGCCUCAGGAAUGUGAUGCCAGAGAAGCUGGCAACCUUCUGCAAGAUGCACCUGUCCUUCCUGCUCGAACUGGAUGGUUCCAAGCUUGAGGAAAUCUUCAUGGAGCAGGGGACCACCGACUGUAAUUCAAACAAGAGGAAGCCGUCGACACCAUUCUCCAAGAAAAAAGAUCGUGCAGUGUCCAGCCCAGCCCCUCUCUCCAAGGAUUUAUCGAACGCCAUGAGCCGUCUGAUCAGCUUCCUUCAGCAGCCAGACUGCCUACGCACUGAGGGACUGUUCCGAAAGACAGGUAACGUCUCACGCCAGCGACUCCUGCGUGAGUGGAUCGCCCAGGGAGCGGAUGACCUCCACCUCGGGGAUGGCACGUUCUCACCCCAUGACGUUGCCACUGUCCUCAAGCAGUUACUCAGUGAGAUGCCAGAACCCCUUCUUACACAGAAACACUACGAGGCGCAUAUGCAGAUCUCAGAAAUGAGCCGUAAUUGCCUGUCAGAUCGAGAGAAGAAGCGGGCCCAUGAAAAGCAAGUGAAGGCCUUACAGCUCCUAGUUCAGCUCUUACCCCGCGAGAACGCCGCCCUGCUGGAGUCUCUUCUUGACCUCCUGAACCGAGCGGCCAAGGUCGUGGAAAACAAGAUGUCUGCCGGCUCUCUUGGAGUUGUCUUUGCCCCGAGUCUGAUCUGCUCUCGAAAGAUGGUGCCAGAGGCGAUGCAAGCCGUGGCGGCGACACUGAGCAAGGCCGUGGCGAUGAUGAUCGAGAAUUUCGCCGUGAUGUUUGCUGUGCCGAGGGAAUUGGCUGCAGACGUGGCUAACUUCUGGCGUGAGAUGGAGGAUCCAAACCUUGACGUGUUUGAUGGAGGGAAGAGUUGCGAGGAUGUGACAAACAUUAGGAAAGCCAAGUAUGGCAGUUCCAGCGCUGUGAAUACGGUACUCACGUUCGCUGAGCGCAAGUCCCCAGAGGAGUUUGACUGCUCCCAGGACACCCAGGUGGCGCUGGCGCAGCUCUACGCCCACGUCCAGUCCAUGCCCGAGUCUGCAAAGAAGAAGAAGUUGCUCAAACAGUUUAACCGCGCUGGCAACAUGCACAACCAUACCCCGAAGAAGGGAAAGCACUCUCGCAGCAGGACGUUUGGGGAGUCCAUCAAGAAGCAUUUCUCGAUGCUGAGUAAGACGAGUAAGUCUCACGAGAUCUGUGACUCCAAGAGUGGGGACGAGUUACGCUUGAACCUUACCAAGGCAAUCUCCAUCGAUGAAACUGUGGCCAAUAUCACGUACACCAUGACCCCAGACAACAAGCUCAACCCUAUGCUGAGACACAGUCCAGCGGUGCAUGUUGUUGACCUUGGAGCCUCCCCAUGUAACGUUAAGCCAAGAAAGCGCCUCAGCGACGAGAACAUGGACCCCCAGGUGGGAGCUGCCAAGUCCCUGUACCGUCCACCCACACCGUGCAAGACCCUGUUCCCAAACACACCUCUAUCUGUGGCCCGUCCUGUUGCAAUGGUUUCCCCAAUCACCAAGACCUCAGAGGGAGCAGUUCCUGAGGUCACCAAGAAGGCAAUGUUGGCCCCGUUGACUCCAUGCAAUCGGCUUCCGAUGAUGGUCAUCACGCCAAGCAAGUCCUACAUUGAAAGUGUCUUGUAAGGGCCACGAUGAUUUUGAAAACCUUGAGCGGGUCUAAACUUAAAAAAUCAUUAUCUGUGAUGUCGUUAUAAAUAAAGUGCAAAUAUACACUGCAAGUGUGUUGUGAAGGUCAGUGUCUGGAAUAGACACUGCCAGGAAAACUUACUCAUUUACUCAACCAAUGUGCUUAGGCUGACAUUUAUUUGAUGUUUUGUUGAAGGGAUGGACAUCUUGCGUGAAUUAUAAAACAGUGCUGUUGACUUCAACGUCAUGUUACCUGAUGAAGAGUGUUUAUUGGAUUGCUUUAGUUGUGUUGUUGUGCUCACCACUGUUGUGUUCAAGUGUUCACCACUGUUGUGUUCAAGUGUUCAGAAGUUAUCUAUGUAUCAGAACACUGCCAUGUCAUUUUAAAGACUUCCAUGCUAUAAGCAUGAAGUUUUUUAAUUUUACAAAGUUUAAAAAUUAAUUACUUUUAUAAUUCACUGUCAUGUAGCUUCAUCUAUUGUACCAUAUUUAUCUUUUACUCUACAUUCCCUUCUCCUAUUUGUCUAUGUUAUUCUUUGUUGUCGACCUAUUUCUUACUUUCCUCUAUUCAACUUUGUUGCUACAUGCCUGUAUAACAUUUUGUGUUCUGUAUAUAUUUAUAUUUCUUAAUUUUAACUUGCGCGUUUGUAGAAUAUUGUUAUUGGAUUUGUGUUAUAGUGCUAUUGAGUGAAUUGCAAUUACAUUGUUCUAUUUGUGUUAAAGAGUUUGUACAUAUGUAAAAACUCAUAAAUGGAUACAUCACCAAAUCUAGAGUAUAAAAUACAGAUAUUAAAAGUAUAAAAA